AUGAGUGAAGCAGCAUUGUCUAGAAUAGCUCAUCUUAUUAAGGUGGAAGAUGAUUUGGUUAAGAUACCCACAUUAAGGCAACAAUUCACCAAGGAGAAGGCGUCAAUUGACGUCAAUUUGAAUACCACUGUGCAGCUACAAAUUGACUCGAUUAUGUCUAACAUGUAUAAGCUAAACAAAUCCGCUACAUCCUUGAACGAUAUUAAGACGAGUUUGAAUAAGAUUGAUAUGGUCUAUGAAGAGGCUAUUACCAGUGUUCCGGAAUAUGAUUUGAUUCGAAAGGUUACCCUGCUCAAUCAGUUCUUAGAACAAACCGAGAGCUUAAGGAAUGAUAUAAAGGAGUUUAAAAAUUUCAUUGAGAGGUUGAAGAAGAUGAUUCAGAAGGAAUGGGAUAUAGUUAGUCAAGAUCUUUCUUAUCCGUUGGAUAAUUUAUUGUUAAUUCAUUUCAACUUGACUCAGGCACGAAACUUUCAAGAGUUUUUACUUUCGCCCAGCAAUAAGUUCUCUGAUGAUUUACAAAGUAUAAUCGAAAAGAUCUUAAUGCCAAUUAAAUCCGCUAUCCGGUUGUUUGACGAACUAUUGAACGAGAUAAUUAUCAGUAUUACGGAGGCCAUAAGAGAAGGAAAUGGUGCCAUGGCAUUCAAAUUGGUCAAGAUUAUUGAAUUUGAAAACAACGAAGAUUUAAAGGUGAGCUUGAAGGAAAAAUUGAAGGAGAGUUUGGAAGAAGGUGUUGUAGAUGAUAGGAUUGACGUUGUCACUACGAAUUAUUCACAAUACAGAGGUGCCAAGAGAAACUACAUGAAAUUUUUCUACGACAAAUUGCAGGAAUCGUUGGAGGAGAAUUUUGAAAAGUGUGUGGAACACUUUAGUAGUGAUAGAAUGGCGGUUUAUGACAAUUUAUCAUGGUUGGAAGAUGAAUUAGUAUUUGUAACUGAAACCAUAAGUGCAUACUUCCCACCCCAUUGGGAUAUAACUGGGUUUAUACAAAAUGUGUAUUACAACAAACUUCACACCUUCACGAUGGAUUUAAUUAAGUUGGAUCCAUCUGCGGAAGAGUUGUUGAGAAUACUAGCUUACGAUAAGCAUUAUAGUAAGUUUGUUGGAUCAUUGCAACCAAGUGGUGCUAACAGUGGAGAAGAAAUAGCUGGAAAAUCUUUGAUUGGAGAAGAUCUUAAGAAAGUUGUCCUCGACGACUAUCUUAAAGUUAUCGUAUCAAAGAUGGACGAAUGGAACGAUAAUCUUAUCAACCAAGAGACCCACACGUUCCUUCAUAGAGAUGAGACACCUCCUGACAUUUUUCCAUAUCACCAAAUUAUUGAGGAUGAAGAUGCUAAUGAUCAAACUAUUACAAUUGAGAUUGAUGGAGAUGUGUUCGUAUUACCUGAUUUCAAGACCCCAUUAUCUAUGCUUAAAGAACAAGCAGAUGUAGCAGCUGACUCUGGAUAUGGUAGUAUUUUGGUUGGAGUCAUUGAAAACUGGUCAAGAUGUUAUAUUAAAAGAGUCAUGAACUACAAGAUGAUCAUCACAGAUGAAUUUGAAAAUUACAUGUCAAUUUACAACAACGAUAGGUUUAUUGAACUGGCGUCAAACAAAAUGAGAUUUUUUAAGAAGUCUCCAAAUAAGCCAACUUAUGAUAUUGACAACAUGACUACUGAAGAAUUGUCUGAGAUUUCUAAGCCUGGUCUUCUCGAGUAUUUAACUGCUUUGGGUAAUACUUUUGAAAUUAAUACAGAUCGUCUUCAAGACAAGUUUUUACCUGGAUACAAGGGGAAAGUGCAUUCUUCUUAUCAAUCUCGUAUUCAAGAUGCAUUCGAUGAUACAGUGACGCCGCUGACAGAACUUAAUGCACAAGUUAUCAGAUCUAUAAUUGACAUCAUAACGAAUGACUUAUACCCUGCAUUAUCAACUGUUUUCACCAAAGAAUGGUAUGAUGACCAAAAAUUACAAGCAGAUAACCAACCAAACAUGGCUCAACAAGUGUUGGAAACCAUAAUAGAAUACAUGCAAGACCUUAGAGGGUAUGCAUCCUACGAUAUCUACCUGUGCACAUUUGCCAUUUUGUUGGAUUCAUUUAUCGCUUCAUAUAUCAGGAUUGGGUUCCAAAACGUACUCAAUGGUAAAGCAAAGAAAAUUGAUCCAUUUGCAACUAAGAAGUUUAAAUCUUUCAGCGAAGCUGUUGGUAGGGAUGUUACGUUGUUUUAUGGUGGGUUGGAGCCUUUAUUUACGAGAAAGGAUAGUUCAUACUUGUUGAACAGUUUAAGAGCUAUCGAAUUUUUGGGUGAUUUGGCAACUUGUGAAGAUCCAAUGAACUUCAUCCCACAAAUGUGGGAAAAUGAAAUCUUGGGAUCAUUCUACUAUUGCUCUGUGGAGUAUAUCAGAGGUAUUUGCCUUUGUAGGAAAGAUAUGGAUAAGACAAUGGUGAACAGGUUGAUACCGAUAUUAGAAGAUAUCCAAGUACUGUAUCACUCGAACGUUCAACCUCCUCCACAAAUGACCGGGACUUUAAACGAUUUUUACUACAAUUAA